GGAACUGCUACUUAUAUACAAAUAAUGCGUCAUGCAUAUUUGGCUUUCAACGAUGAGCAUAUGUCUCCUAUUGAACGAAUAACUUCGAUAUGGUUUGUAUCAAAAUGAUGUCGGCAAAGUUAUAAAUCUAUUAAAAUUAUUUUUUCCUUUCAGGACUGCUUUGUUAUUUGUAAGGGCAUGGCGCCAAAUUUGCAUAAGCAAUAGAAAAACACUGAAGGACUGCCCGACAUCAAACGUGUAUCACUGUUUGGAGUUAAACGCACAUGGCUUGGUAAAAUUCAUUGUCAGGUGCCGACAAGCCGACAGCCCGGAGCAAUUCAUAAUUACUCACUUGUCUAGUCAACCAUGUGAAACAACAUUUCGGGAGCUUCGUUCGAUGACGACUGUCAACCAUACGGCAGUCAAUUUUACAAUGAAAGAAGUUGAGCAAAGAAUGCAGAAGGUGCAAAUGAAGUUGCUGAUAGUGCAUCGGAGAAAAGCAGACCUAAACUUUCCUUGUCUGCAAAAGCAGCAGCUAAAAUGCCAAAAAACAGCAAAUCAAGAUCUUCCUAACGACGAUCAAAUCCGUCUGGCCAUCGACACAGCUGCGAAAAACGCGGAACAUUUAUUAACCUGUCUAGGAGUUCAAAAUCUUGAAAUUGAUUUCAGGGAGAGUAUGACCAGAAAUUCCAAAACAGAAUCCGAAUUUGAAUUUGUCUCGAUUGAGAGCUCCGAGGUCGCCAACAACUCAAAUGAUUCAGCAUGCAAAGAUGCAUGCGAACUAAAUGAAUAUCAAAUUACAGAUGGAAUUAGUAGUGAUGCGGAAGUUGAAAGUUCCUCGUUGAAUGAAAAUUCAAUGAAACAUAUAAUUGAGGAUGCAGAGAAAAUCUUUUCCAAUGCAGGUGGAGAGCUACUUCUACGCCAAUGUUCAUCCGAGAACAAUCGAAACGUUUUCUAUGUAAAAGGGAUAAACGGUAAAGUUAUAAGUAUUAAAAAAUCGACAAUGCUAUGGAUGCUUUCAUCGGGGCGUUUUAAAAGAUCCAACGACCGCUUGAGACGGUUCCAUCAAAUAAGAAUGCUUGCACCAAAAGAUUCAUCUAACCAAAACUGCAUUAAACAUGAGAUCAGUACCGGAGAUUGGAUUGCAUUACAAGGACCCAUGGUUUGCCAUGUAACAAACUUCCAAUACCAAACAGGUAAAUUGAAAACUUGUCCACUCACCACUGUACCUAGAGAGUGUCCAGCGAAUGUAGAGAAAAGAGGAAUCUUUCUUCUGGGAAACUUCUACACUGUGUCUUCGGUUGGAUGCUUAAGUGUCAACAAUAAGAAACACCUAAAAUCGGAUAUUGACCAUUACGUUACACACAUCAAAGCACCGAACAGCAAGCUUUCUUUGUCAAGUGACACACUGUCUUACCUACAAACAUAUAAACUGGUUUAAAAAACAACGAACUCAUUUGAGAAUUAAAACAAAAAUUUAUUUAAAAGUGCUACAAAUCGUGAUUUUGUUAUUAUUGCACAAAACUACAUCAAUCUGUCUUAACUGGCGCGUUCGCUCUAGCAUAUCCGUAGCUUUUACUAUUUUACAUUUCUGAGUAUAUAUCCGACAUUCGACCACUCAAUAACAUACCAGGCCUAAACCAACAUUAUUCAGGAAACACACAUUUGGUAAUAAAUCGAUUGCUUUCCCUUCGAUAAAGUUAGGCCAGCUUUGCUAACUGAGUAAUGUUUGGGUUUACCUCGUCAGCGCUUCAUUGAACGUUCUCUACUGGUGGUAACCAAAUGAUCAGGAACAGCGGCAGCAGGGCCCCCAUUUCCACUCUGCUGCUGGAAGCGGUCUCCAGAGAUUUGAAUGUUGUGUAUGCCGGUUCAGUGGUCUCCGUGCCCGGUGUUGUGCUCACUUCGUCAGCUGCGGCGGAAACUAUCGAUUGGAUUGUGACAGUUGUUGGCAUUCUGAUUGUGCGUCUGGAAAUCCUCUCUCGGUGAAGUUACCCGAUCCACCAACAUCAUUAAUGCGAAUCCCAGCACCAGCAGACCUAUCGUAGACUAGUGUCCAUCCGCAUAAUGCUUUGGUCUUCUCCAGUUUGCUCGAACAGAAAUCGAUUUCCUGCCAGAAUGAUGACCGUGGCUACCAGCGGUGGUGCUGCUCCGAAAAAUAACACAUUCUUUACUCUCUCCUGGAACAAAACAACACUGAAUUUCAAUAUCUUCAACAACCGAUUCACAUAGCAGUUUUUAUGUGUAAAUUUACCUUGGAUCUUACGUAGUUAGCGAGGUAGUUUAAAAUAACUUCAGCGAGCUAAUUUAAAAUAACUUCAUCACACCUGAUAUGUUUUGUUUACAAAUGGAUUGCUACGAAACACCUAAAUUUAGAAUGGUUGCCAGAUACAUCAAAAAAAUUAUACUUGAGAAUCUCUGCACGCUAAAUGUGUACGGCACAGUAUCGGGCACAAUUGGGCACAGUUCGGCACGACCGGCACAGUUCGGCACAGUACCGGCACAUUGAAGACGAAAGUAGAUGUGCCGAGCGACCAACCCCUUGCAUUCUUACCUUUUGUGUUGUACAUAAUAAGAAUAUUUUCCGUUCCGAUCUUAACCUCCGAAACACAACUGGCUAGCAAAACUUCUACUUUACCAUACCACAGAGAACAGACAUCCAGGGUAGAACAAAUUUCAAUCGGAAAGUUGUGUAAGGAUUUGAAUCUUCACUUGAGAAAGGUUGCAAACCAAUACACGAUGACAACACUAACGCCACCAAACACCAUAUUGCCACAGUCAGUGGUGAAUUGAAAUAUUUCAAGUGGUGAAUUAAAUUAGUAUGGGAAAUUAACCGAUUGCAGCGCCACGCUAUUGCCACUUAUGUUGCCGAUUUCAAAUGGCCGUUAAAUUCCUUACACAGUUUCGGAACUUGACUUGGAUGUCUGUUCUCUGUGACCAUACUGCUUCAAACGAAUGACAGAUGUCGAACCGAGUGUCGAACUAAAACUGGAUGAUUUUCGAUAUAGGGCACAGCUGGACAUACUUUCAGUUGGUUUUGAGAUGAUAAUCAAUCUCAGCACACCCUAAGUAGAAAAACAUUCAUUGAUUGUGUCAAUUUUUAUACAUUAACAGGAUGAUUUUUAUUCAGUAAGAUGUAGUAAAAUCAUUCUGCUGUGUGAUCAUUCAAAAUUCGGAUUCUGCGAUUUUGAAUCGUAUUGAAUUAAAAAUCAUUCUUUAAACGGCGGGGGUUUUCGUUCAGUGUACCGCCAUCUAGUGAUGACCCGGCCAAUCACAAUACGUUUAGCCACAGAGAACAGACAUCCAAGUCCAGUUCUGAAACUGUGUAAGGAAUUUAACGGCCAUUUGAAAUCGGCAACACAAGUGGCAACAUCGUGGCGCUGCAAUCGGUUAAUUUUCCAUACUAAUUUAAUUCACCACUUGAAAUGUUUCAAUUCACCACUGACUGUGGCAAUGUGUGGUGUUUGGCCACCGACGAACCGACGUGACAGUGGCGAUUCAAAAGUGUCCCCCCCAAAUUUAACGGUCGACCACUGAAGCGAGCGAUCGUUUCUGUCAAAUCAGCGCAGACGCGAACCGUUUCCUAUAUGAACACACGGGGGUUCGGUGUCGAGCUAUCAAAUCAUCGCGAGCCGUUAUAGAGGUGGCGAUAGUGUUCGGCUAUUUUUCAUCAUGGCGUCGCGGGCAACAAAUUUGAAUUUAUUUGUUCUAGCUGUCACGUCGGUUCGUCGGUGGUUUGGCGGCGUUACGGCGAUGACAUAGUGCCGCUUCAAAGUGAGAGUGAAAGUGCGCGUCCAUAGGAUUUUCGUGAAUUUGCUAUUGUUGAUAUUCUUCUUUGCAGCUUCGCACACGCGCACUCCCACUCUCACGCGUAACUAUAACGGCACCCUUAGUGUUUUCAUCGUGUAUUGAUUUGCAACCUUACUCAAGCAAAGAUUCAAAUCCUUACACAACUUUCUGAAUGAAAUUUGUUCUAGCCUGGAUGUCUCUUCACUGUGGUUUAGUAUUGGGCGAUUGGGUUUUCGUGACGAUGUUUUUUUUAAUGAAAUUUGUGUGUUACGUCUGUUUAUCUGUGGCAAUCAGAUUUAACGACACGGCGAGUAAAUUGAAAAGCUUAUUGGAACACCAGUGACUGGGAUCGGCCGACGGUAUCGGUGCUUGCAAGUCAUGAAUCAAGUCACCGAGGACUACAAGACGUUUGUCGGACGUUUAAACAAACUCUGUGUCGAGUCGAAACAUGUCUUCGUCUGUGAACUGAAGGUGAAUUCGGAUGCGGAGAUCAGACGAAGUUGCUCAUCCGCAUUGAAGAGCGGGACGACGUAACUAUGGAGCUGAUUUCGAACGAGGGUUAGCGGCUUCUCAACAUCAAGCACGAUACGGCGAUGAUCGGGACAGCUUCAGCACAGCAGAAGGAACUUUCAAGUCUGGGUGGGGAUCAGCAGAAUCAAGAUUCAGUCCUCAUAUGGAUACCGGUCCAGCUACGCCUUGUUGGAACUGCGGUGUCUUGUACUACUCCAUCGAUUGUCCGUUCAAGAACCGGCUGACCGGUUACAAGGACUCCUGCGCAAAGAACAUCAAAUCUCCCAGCAAGCGAUGAAGUUCUGGAACGCCGUCGUUCUGUCUCGGGUAAUCAACCAACACGUCAAGCCAGAGGAAGACUUCGUCGUGUAAGUGUUAGAUCAAUAGCUGUAGGUAGAGGCAGUUGGUGCACAUCCACUCCAUUCCAGGGAGAUUGAACAAGCUAUCCGUCUGUUCUCAGCUACGGGAAACUAGAAGGAAUUCCUCUUUUAUGAGCUCCUUUUUCUAAAAUUUGAAAAAAAAAAAACCUUUUCCAAGAACCUGAAAGCUGCUUUCUUCUGAGCUUGAAUGCUCAAUACAAAGGUUCUAUUUUACGUGCUGCUUCAAAGUUCUCUUUCAAAGCUCUCCCUGUCAGAAGUUUGAACAUUUGCUCUUCCUGUAGCGUGGAAGCUUAUUGUUGUCAGGAGCUUGGGAGCUCCAAUGGAAUCAAUCUCUCUUCAGGAGCUUGGAAAUAUUCAUUUUUAAGGAGCAUGAAAGUAUCUGCUAUAAGGAGUUUGAAACUCUCUCCUAUAGGAACUUAGGGACCCCCUUUUUCAAAAAACUUGGAAGAUCCUAUUUAUCAGGAACAUGGCAGCUCCUUCUUCGAGGAGCCUGGAAGACCUCUCCUUAGGGAGCUGGGAAGCUCUUUUGUUCAGAAACCUUCCUCUCUUGGGAGCCUCAAAGCUGUUUCUGCUAGGAAACUUUCUUCUUCAAGACCUUGGUUGCUAAGUUUUUAAUGAAAUAAGGAGCUCCUUUUCUAAAAAUUAAAUUACCUUCUCCAAAACAUGAAAGCAUCCUCUUUAUCGAACUUGAAUGCUCCCUCUUCCAGGCAUUGGGAUGUUCCCUUCGAAACCUUGAAAAAGCUCUCUCGUCCAGGAAUGUGGAAGUUCCCUUUUUCAGAUGGUGCCAUUUUCUAGUAGCUUGAAUGCUUCUUAUUUUAGAAGCAAAGAAGUUCUGUUAGAGGCUCUUCCUUUUUUUAGAGAGCUUGGAAGCUCUCUCUUUAAGAAAUUUAGAAGCUCCUUUUCUUUUGGCUUGAAAACUACCCUCACAGGAGUUUAAAUGUUAUUGUUUUAAAGGUUGGAAUUUCUCGCUUUUAGGAACUUAGAAAUCUCUUCUUCAGGAUUGAAAUUUUCUGAUAAGGAGCUUCUUCUUCCAUGAGCUGGGAGAGCUCUUUCAAAAACUGAGAAUCUGUUUCCGAAAAAACACCGUUUCAGAAGCAAGUAAGCUGCCGGUGCCAGGAUCUUGGAAGCUCCCAUUUUCAGAAGCCUCAAAGAUGUCUUUUCGACAUCUUGGAUGGUUUCUCUUUCAGGAUUUGGUACGCUUUUAGUUUCAGUAACUCAUAAGCUCGCUUUUCGGAUGCUAAGAAGCUCCAUGUUUUAGAAGCUUUUGUUUACAGGAAUUUGGUCGGAUUAGAGAAUUUCGUGAAAUUUCCACAGCAAUUUUUUGUAGAAUUUCCACAAGUAUUUGAGCCGAGUGUCUACAAAGUCUACCUAGGGGCCUACAGAGACUCGAGUGAAAUUUCUACAAAGAUUCGACAAGACUUUCCCUAGCGUCGAGUGGAAUCUCAGCAGAGGAUUGCGAGAAAUCUCCACAGAGCUUCAAUUAAUUCAAGUCAAUAGAAUCACUGCAAACAUUCAAGUUGAGUCUCCGCAGAAAGUCGCGUGAAAUAUAUUGAAUGGUUCAGAUCGAAUUUCUUCUGAGAUUCGAGUAAAACCUUCUCUAAAAUUCAGGUCGAAUCUUCUGCAAUUUCAGCAGAGAUUUGUGCGGAAUCACCACAGAAAUUCGAGUGAAAUCUUCGAACAGAUCAUGGAGAUUCGAGUGGAAUCUCUACAGAGAUGACAGAGUGAAAUCUCCACAGAGAUUCGAGCGGAAUAUCUACAGAGAUUGAAAAGGAAUCUUUACAAAAAUAUAGUAGAAUCCAAUGAGACCCGAGUGGUAUGUCUUAAGAAAUCCGAUUGAAAUCUCCACAGAGGUUUGUGAGGAAUCUCCACAGCGAUUCAAGUGCAAUUCCAUCAGAGAUUUGAGUGGAUUCUCUGUAUACAUUGGAAUGGAAUCUCCCCAGAGCUCCAACUGGAAUGUUCACAGAGAUUCGAAUAGAAUCCCCAUGGAGAUUCAAGCGAAAUCUCCACAGUGAUUCGAGUAGAAUCUCCACUGAGUUUCGAGUGGAAUUUUCACGGACGUUCAAGUCAAAGUGUUAUACAAUUGGAAUCUUCAUUGAGAUAAUUGAUGAAUCAACAUGAAGAUUUGAUUGAAAUCUCUACACACACAAAAUAAAAUCUCCACAAAAGUUCAAGUGAAAUCUCCCGAAAGAUUCGAAAGACAUUUCAUUUGAGAUUCGAGUUAGAUCUCCUUGGAAAUUAUUGUGAAAUCCACGACAUUCGAGUGCAAUUUCGGAAUUUCUACAAAAAACUGAAGUGUAAUCUCAUUAAAGAUUUGAGUAGAAUCUCCUCAGAGAUUAAACUGGAAUGUCUACAGAAAUUGGAGUAGAAUUACCAUGGAUAUUCGAGAGAAAUCUUCACAGAGAUUUAUCUCGAAUGUCCACAGAAGUUUGAGUGGAAUUGACACGAAGAUUCGAGAGGACCCUCCACAAAGAUGCGACUAGUAUCUUCAAAAGAAAUUCAUGUGGAAACGUAACAGAUAUUUGAGUUGAAAUUUCACAAAUAUUUGAAUAAUAUGUCUAACAGCAGUGAUUCGUGUCAAAACUUCACAGAGAUUCGAGUAAACUCUCCACAGAGAUGCGAUUGCAAUUUUCUUAGAAAUUUGAUUGGAAUCUCCGCAGAGAAUUGCGAGCAAUCUCAACAUAGAUGUGUGUGGAAUCUCUACAAAUAUUCGAGAGGAAUUCCCCCUAACUGGAAUGCUCACAGAGAUUUCAAUUGGAAUCUCCACAGAGGUUUGUGAGGAAUCUCAACAUCGAUUUGAGUUGAAUCUCCACAGACAUUGAAGUGGAAUCUCUCCAGAGAUUUAACUGAAAUGAUCACAGAGAUGGAAGUGAAGUCUCCACAGAGAUUCGAGGGUUUCCACUAAGCUUCGAAAAGAAUCUACAUAGAGAUUUGAGUGGAAUUUCCACAUUUG